AUCUUAAACAUUCGAAAUGAUAUUCCCGCCUUCGUGUUUCCAUCUUCUUUCACAAAAGUAAGAAAUACCGAUCGAUUGUUUCAAGCUUAAAUUCAAUUUGAGCAUUUGGAAGUGAAGAAAAGAAGAAGAUCAAUGGAGGAAUUGAUCUCGAACUUCAGCAAAACUCUAGCGCCCUUUUGCAAUCAUCUCCAAAACACCAGCGAUGCCCUCAAGCAUUCCAUGGAUCGCCGCCCCAUUCCUCUCGAUUCGGCAUCAUCGACCUUUAUACAAUCUCUCAACCGCCGUGUGUCGGCUGUUAACGUUGAUCUCAACUUUCUUGAAUCAAUGUCCUUAGAAACUGUAUCCUUCGAGGAGCUUUUAGGUCAUGUUAGUGAAGUUUAUAAGAAGAACGAAACUGAUCUUUUGGAGCUACAGAAGCAGCUCAAGGGUGUUGGAUAUGUACCAGAGUUUGAGGUUGAUGAAGAUGACGAAAUUCUUAACAAUGUAUCAACGCCUGGGUUGCAUUUUGAGCUUUCAAGUUCCAUGGAUGGAUUGAACGUACCGUCUUCUUACCAGAAAUCAGUCUCCACGACAGGACUUGCCAAGCAUAGCUUCGAAGAUGAUAUACUACUCGACGACUCUUUAAGCUUACAAAAUGCUGGGCUUUCCGAUGUUUGUCUUGCCACUCUAGCAACCGAAGGCAACUCUACGUUCAGUGACCCAUACCAGGAUUUGCAUACACCAAAAAAAUUCUUAGAGAAACCACUUGGCUCAAAUUUUCCAUGCCAAUCUGCAGCACAAACUGUGGGAGCCCCUGAAGGGGAAGGUGAAGAUCACUUGACAUUUGAAGAAGCCAUUUCACCUCUAAUUACGCUAUCAAAGGACGAUUUUGAAAGCCUCCCAUCAUAUAUGAAGGGCCUAGCAUCAUGGGAGGACCUCAUCGUGGCUGCUGAGAAAAUCAAUUCAUGCUUGGGGAUAAAAGGCAAGGGAAAAAACUAUAUCCUUCAAGACGAAAUUUCAACUUUGGACCUUGGUCCCAAAGCAAGGUCUUUUCUGCUUCUACUUGUGCGAAUGAAGCGAAUGGUUGUUGAAACGAUUGAGGGUCAAAUAUCUUAUAGAGUUCUAUAGAGUGAAUGAAUUUGUCCUUCAAUUUGAUGAGAUUGGAUAUCCUACACAGGUUCGCUCCUUGCAUAUAUAUCAAUAUCAGUACUUGAAAUAAAUUUUAUUCUAUGAAUAUGAAUAUGUUCCUUUUGCAUAUAACAUUCCACCUCUAGAAUAAUAAAAAGUCACAUCAAUUACGGUUAUGUUAAGCUCGCUUUAGCUUUUUUGUAGUGCUUAAGAUGAUUUUAUUUUUCAAACAGAAUAGUUCUCUCUUGAUUGUUCUUAUCAAAUAAUAUUAUUUGUUUUUAUA